GAAGAAUAAUGGCAACUAAAGCUGUGCGGAAUGUAAGAAAACUGGAGAGGCCACGGCCUUUGAAAGUACCAUCUGAAGGCAGCAGGCGACAGAAUACAGUUUUGGCAGCUUCUGGAGACAGCUCUACAAGUCUGAAUGACAAUACAGUCGAAGAUGUAAUCCAGGACCUGGAAUCAUUACACAUAUCAAUAAACAACGGCAACCUUGAUGAUACAACAUUAUCAAAAAUCAUCAAAGUUUGUAGCCAACUGAAGAGCAAAGGUUCGCAACUAGAAACAAACUAUAAAGAACAGUUAGACCGUUAUUUUGUGACACUAAGGAAUGCAUCAAGGGAGGAGCGUUUAAACGAGCUUUGUCGCGUGCGAUUACUUGAAGUUAUAGAGUUGAGGGCUAUGAUGUGGAAGACGAACGACAAUCUGAACAAUUACUAUAAACAGAAGAUCAUCCAUGUUGAGGGUCUUGAUCAGCAAAGUACUGGAUCAGUCAUACCUUCUCUCACCACUAGUCAGUCGGUCACUACAGCACCACCUGGUUACUUGCCUGGACAGAACUCAUUAUCUGUCUCUUCUACAAACCAAUCCCAACUUUCUCUAACACCAGGAGAGGUACUCAAGUCCUCAGGAAAGUUUGCAAAACCUACCAAAAUCCCUGGAAAAAACUACUUCAAAGAUGAAAUUGUCAUUCGAAACUCUGACUCUGGUAAAGUAAUGGGAAUCAAAGGCCGAAGAGUUCACAUGAUUGAGGAGCUGAGCGACACUGUCAUCUCUUUUCAGAGAGUAAGCCCAGGUGCUCGAGAUCGUCUUGUCCAGAUAACAGGCUCCAAUGAAGAAUCAAUAGAACAUGCUAAAGCCUUGAUUGAAGAUACAAUACGACGUAAUGCAUCUCCAGUAAGGGAAAAAACAGAAACACCGGGUCUUGAGUGUAGCGGCUCAUCAUCUAGCCUAGCUAGUAAUCUUUCAGAGGACAGUGGUGCUGGCCCCUCACCUUUCAAUAUUAGUAGCAGAAAGUCUCUUAUCCACAGUUAUAGCACUGGUGAUGCCACAAUGGGUGAAUACAGCCAUACUGUGUACAUUGGAAGAGAUACAAUUAAAGUCUUCAGUGAGAAAAAGGACUUGGUAACGGCAGCAAAAUUAGUGCUUGAAGAACAUUUUGCUGGACAAGCUGAAAUAGUUGAAAAACAAAGGCGUCAAACAGCAAUGCAUUCUUACAUGUGUGGUGGUGAUAACAGACGGCCACUUAGCAUGUUUUCUGUCGACUUCAGCCCAUUUCGACAAGACUCUGGCCAGUGGGACUUUAGUGGUGCAAAAGAUGUUAUUCCUGGUUAUCCCAACUAUGCUGAUCCAGCAGCUAAGGUAUCAACAUGGCUUUGUAAUGAUACAAAAACAGUCCAGACAGACCAAGAGGCAAGUCCACGCAGUAGCAGCUCUAGUGAUGAAGAAACUUACAAGGCUGAAGAAGAGGCAAGUCCAACUGAUGAUGAAAAGUCUACAAAUAGAGAGGUUGCUGAACUCCCCUUGGACUCGCCACUUCAAAGCCCUCAGCCAGUAAAUGAGCCAAAACCUUUUACUGUGGAACCAGUUUCAAGUAAACCUGCUCCUGGACUGAUGAAAGCACCUAGUCACCCGGAGGUUCGUGUUGCUCUUAACCUGAGUGGUUCUGAAUCUAGUUCAGUAAAAGUUGUGCGUCAACCACUUUUCCCUGAUAGUAGUAAAGAAGCUGUUGAACAGGCAGAAUCAACUACAACUCUCAAUGCUCUCAGUGCGAAAGCAAGAAGAGCACAUUUUGCAAGAAUGUCCAGUGUCAAUGCUGUUGUAGAAUCCAAGCAAGAGCCAUCAUCUGCAGUGACCAGUAUAUCCAGAAUCAGUUACAGUCGAGAGUUUCUCCUAAACUGUGCCUUGUCUCCUCACAGCUGUGCCUUCCCUGUAAACCUUGUACAGAUUGCAAAAGAUGCCCCGUAUAUCAUUCGACAAACAAGCACCAGGUUUGAUCCUGCAGCUUACAGGGCUCAGACAUCUGCUAAAUGGGCAAAGCAAGUCUCGAAAAGUGAUACCAAAGAUUGUUCAAGGUCAAGUCCUUCAGAUGAAGUGUCAGACAAUAUGUGAUAUAUAUAUAUAUAUAUAUAUAUAGUAUUGAUAGACAGAUCCUACUUAAGUUGUUUUCUUUUUUGUUACAGUCAGCUUGUUCUAAGUCUUUUUUAUAUUUUUUAACCCCAAGUAUUUCUAAAGAUUAUGUUAAACAGAGAGAGAGAGAAAUAUUAUAAAUUCUUUAAUUGUAAUAGACAUAAAUCUGUCACUUCAGCUGUAGUUUUUAUGGUAGAACUUGUGAGUAUUCUCUUACAAAGUCCCAGACGUUGGUCCUAUUAUUACAACUUGUACAUUGAUGGAGAUGGUAUUGCAUCAUACAAUCAGAACAAAAAAGAAUGUGCAUCAAGGUUCACAGUUAUGAGGGUAUGUAUGCAUGCACAAAUUAUCAUUAGAGAUACCCAAAUUGUAAGACUUAUCAUACUUGAAACAUUGAUAUAAAUAUAUUUAUUUUAUAUGAAAAUAUCGAAAUGCUUGAUACUGGUUAAAAGUUUUCUAAAUUUGUAAACAGAAAGAAUAAUAAUUUUCAUACGGCUGUUUACUCAGUGUUUGUUUCUAUUUUAUCAGAAAAUAAGUAAUUCCUUUUAGACUUCUGAUGCUGCUAUGUUGGUACCUACAUUUUAGGUUCCCCCUUUUCUAGAAGACAUUAAGAAUCUUAAGAAACAGAGGGGUUUUAGAAAACAGCAUUAAAUUUAAACACUGAAGUAUGCUAUCUUUGGUAAUUAUACUUUACAAACAAGACUGUCUCUAGACAUGUUCUACUGUUGAAGUAUGCUGUCUUUGGGAAUUAUACUUUACAAACAAGACUGUCUCUAGACAUGUUCUACUGUUGAAGUAUGCUGUCUUUGGGAAUUAUACUUUACAAACAAGACUGUCUCUAGACAUGUUCUACUGUUGAAGUAUGCUGUCUUUGGGAAUUAUACUUUACAAACAAGACUGUCUCUAGACAUGUUCUACUGUUGAAGUAUGCUGUCUUUGGGAAUUAUACUUUACAAACAAGACUGUCUCUAGACAUGUUCUACUGUUGAAGUAUGCUGUCUUUGGAAUUAUACUUUACAAACAAGACUGUCUCUAGACAUGUUCUACUGUUGAAGUAUGCUGUCUUUGGUAAUUAUACUUUACAAACAAGACUGUCUCUAGGCAUCCCUCUGUUGAAGUAUGCUGUCUUUGGUAAUUAUACUUUACAAACAAAACUGUCUCUAGGCAUUCUACUGUUGAAGUAUGCUGUCUUUAGUAAGUAUACAAACAAGACUGUCUCUAGACAUGUUCUACCAGUGAAGUUUGUGUCGUUGGUAAUUAUACUUUACAAACAAGACUGUCUCUAGGCAUGUUCUACCAGUGAAGUUUGUGUUGUUGGUAAUUAUACUUUACAAACAAGACUGUCUCUAGACAUGUUCUACCAGUGAAGUUUGUGUCGUUAGUAAUUAUACUUUACAAACAAGACUGUCUCUAGACAUGUUCUACCGGUGAAGUUUGUGUUGUUGGUAAUUAUACUUUACAAACAAGACUGUCUCUAGACAUGUUCUACCAGUGAAGUUUGUGUCGUUAGUAAUUAUACUUUACAAACAAGACUGUCUCUAGACGUUCUAUCAGUGAAGUUUGUGUCAUUGGUAAUUAUACUUUACAAACAAGACUGACUCUAGACAUUCUGUCAGUUAAGUUUGUGUCUUUGGUAAUUAUACUUUACAAACAAGACUGUCUCUAGACGUUCUAUCAGUGAAGUUUGUGUCUUUGGUAAUUAUACUUUACAAACAAGACUGUCUCUAGAUGUGUUCUAUCAGUGAAGUUUGUGUCUUUGGUAAUUAUACCUUACAAACAAGACUGUCUCUAGAUGUGUUCUACCAGUGAAGUUUGUGUCGUUGGUAAUUAUACUUUACAAACAAGACUGUCUCUAGACGUUCUACCAGUGAAGUUUAUGUCAUUGGUAAUUACCCUAAGCACACAAGGUGAUGUAAGUUAGCUGUAAAGAAUGGAAAGAACUUAAAUGAGAUCAAACUUGAAAUCCUGGUGUUACAUUAAAUUUUCCAAUACUGUCUGUUCCAUACAGAUUUAUUGGUCUAACCAAGACAUUACAUCUAUCUACACACUGUACAUUGAAUGUUGAACCACUGCUGUCAUGUGUUGGACUUCUAAUAGUUUACCAUUAGGCAAGAGAACCACUGCUGUCAUGUGUUGGACUUCUAAUAGUUUACCAUUAGGCAAGAGACUGAUAGCCUUUCUUACUAGCUAACAGUUACAGCUUGGCCCAGAGCAAGUGAUAAUCGAGUGCCUUGUCAUGCCUCAUCAGGCAUGUGCCUUAUUUACAUUUCCCCACUAUCCUUUAGUUCGCUUCAUGUUUGGUUGAGAAGUAAGUCAGACAGUCACACAUUCACGUAAAAAAGUGUGUGUAACCAUCUGUACAGUAUUUUAUUUUAUGUGAAUUAGGCAAUCCAAGCUUUUUUAUUACUUCUAGGUGAGACAGAAGAUCUGUUUUCUCAUAAGUUUAACUUUGGAUGUACACAAUUAUGUACGUAAAAUUAAAACAACAGAAUGUGGGUAAAAAUUUUCUCUUGCAGCUCGAGAAAUGUAUCGCAACCAUAAUUUGAUAUUUCAGAAUGUUAUAUAAGUAAUGGAAAUACUGAGAAGAAAAUGGCUUUUUGUGUAUUACAAUAUCUUUUACUUAAAAUAUUAAAACAGGCUCUUUAAUUAUGUGA